AUGAAUCUAGCAAUAAGGCCGCCGCACGGAGGAAGCAGGCUCGCACACGAAGGCUGCAGUUUUGGCCGCUGCUUAUGUCACCGUGUCUUCGAAAAGGACGGUGCAAGAGCAGCACGACCCCUGCUGGCUGAGGAUGGCAGCACAGCCCCGAUUGCACUGGACGGUUGUUGUCGUUUCGCGGAGCAGCGCGCAGUGGCGGUCCGAGGCUCCCGUGCUGGGGCUUGUAACCCUCGUUGGACGCCUCCUUCCCGACACUUCCAGCGUGUGGCGUUGGGAAUUCUUUGGUUUUUGCUGUCUAAUCGUUUAGCGAGACGCUUUGGCGUUUUCUGCGGUGUACUGGCAUUAACCGAAAAGACCACCAGUGAUGCUGUCAAUACACCUGCAGGGGCAGUGCCAUCCUCUGCAUCGCCCCUGGCGAACAGCGCGCCGCUCCCGGGACUGCUCGAGGAUUCCGAUGCCGCAGAUGCAGAAUCUGAAAUCUGCACGCAGCACCUCAGGGAUGCAGUCAAUGCAGCCAUUUCUCACGUCAUUGGUUCUCGAGAGCUGACGGACUACCUUCUACCCCUAUGGGAACUGGAUAAUUUCUACGUUCCAGUGUUGGUGUGCGGUCCCACUGUGCCCCCUCCAGCACCCUCUGUCUGGGGCAUGCCUGCGCCUGUCGGAGGCCACUCCUCACUCCCUUGGCCUAAGAGAAACAGCCUCCUCCCCGAUGAUCUGCUGCAACAGAUCCUCCUAACGGGCACUGUGCGAGUAGCGGGAAUAGGCAGGACAGACGAGGAGGGCUUUUUGAAAUCUAACAAGGGUGCAGCUGGAAACUUCACAGAAAAUCCCGCCACAGGCUUCUUUCCUGAUUAUCUCAGGAGUAUUUGGAAAGUCAUAUCCAGGCGUUAUGGUGUGAAUGUAACCGUGACAUACCUGUUUUACAACAGUGUAGAGGAGGCGCAGGCCGCUGUGGCAGUGGGAGAUGCCGAUAUGACGGAUAUAUACUUUUUGUUAGCUCAUAAGAAUAGCCAAACAGUCACCAAGGAUUCCGUUGCGUUCAAUACUGCCAAUCCCCUCUCCUUUCUCUACAUGACGUGCCCUGUCGUGGGAGCCGUUCUUUUCACGUACACGAGAGACGGGGAGACCGAUACAUUUGGAGGCCUCAUAGAUGCCCUAACCAUCGCUCUCGUGCGUACAGAGUCCGGCAAAAAUAUCGCCGUCGUGGUGUCUACAGAGGAGCUGCGCUCCGCCGUCGAGCCCAUCCUCCCGGACUGGACGCUUAUACAUGUGGUCGAUAGUAUGGCCUCGGCCCUCAAUGCAGUUGCCAAGGGCGAAGCCUUUGCCGCUUUUGCUCUGGGCCCCUCUGGAAUCGUACCGCCUCCCCCUGGGGUGUCGCUAAGGGAAGGCAUUGACGUCAUUCUGGCCAAAGGAAGCUGGAUCCGGAGGAGUCGCGGCGUCAAAUGCUUGACAAGGGAGCACUUCAACGACCUUAGAGAAUGA